AUGGAGAUUACCAACAAGAUAUCAGUACUAGUCAGGGUCCGCCCACUGGUAUCCUCAGAGCAAAAGCCUGCCUGGAUUGUUUCCGACAAUACGAUAUCACCUUUAGAAACUUCCAAACACCAGGGCGCGUCGCUUCAGCGCUUUAGCUUUGAUGGUGUCUACGAUCCCAGUGUGACAACGCGUGAGCUCUAUGCACAGACAAUGGCCAAUUUUGCGGCUCACAUUGUAGAAGGGUAUAACUGUACGUGCUUUGCAUACGGUCAGAGCUGCUCAGGAAAGACAUUCACUAUCUUCGGCGACUGUUUGGAGGCUAAUUCUUCGUCAACUUCAUCUCUAGAACACACCUGCCCCGGGAUUUUGCCACUGUGUGUGAAAGAUCUCUUCAACAACUUACAAUCCGUUACCAAUCGAUUUUUUGUUGUUUACUUUACGUACUGGGAGUUAUAUAAUGAAGAACUCAAGGAUCUCCUUGCGGGUGAGAAGCAUAGGUUGGAGAUCAGGUAUACAAAGCAUUCUAUGCAAGUUUCAUGCGUGGAAAAGCGAGUUGGUUCCCUGGAGGACGUGUUGUCCUACCUACGGUUCGGGAACCGGCUUCGUGAAGUUGCUGCCACAGAUCUGAACACAGUUUCAUCAAGAUCGCAUGCUAUUGCACGGCUUACCAUAGAGUCGGUUGAUACAGCUCUCCUUGAUGAGCUAGUCAAGGCAAACAAGCUUCCUCCACCUGACAGCAUUGAAAAGCUAAGCGACUACGACAUCUCCUAUAGAACUGCAACACUUACCAUAGUAGAUCUUGCUGGAUCGGAGCGCCAGGUAAAAACAAAUGCAAUUGGAGAGCGCUUCAAAGAAGCAAAUAAUAUUAAUAAGAGCUUACUGACUCUGGGGCGUGUUUUUUCUGCUAUCACAUCGAAUGCCGCUCACGUUCCCUACCGUGAUUCCAAUCUAACUAAAAUCUUACAAACUAGCCUCCAGGGAAACUGCUACACAACAAUGAUAGCAUGCAUAAGCUUGGCAAGCGAACACAUAGAGGAAACACUAAGCACACUCAGGUACGCCAGCAACGCAUCCUCCAUAGAGAUGAGGGUCCACUCCAAUGAAGUCUUAGCAGAAAACAAUGCAAUGAUUCGUCUAGAAACAGAACGGCAGCAGCUUGCAAUCAGAGUCAGAGAGCUAGAAGAGCGAUGCAGAAGUCUUGAGGCAAAUGCAGGGUCGUUAGAAUAUUUAACUGCAGAGAGUGGGGCACAUAGGUUAUCUGGCACAGAGCUAACUGAGCCAGAGCUAAAGAAACUAGCAUUCUCAUCAUCUGGCAGCGAGCACUGCCUACAAAGUAUUGCCUUGUCGCCCCUAUCUCUCAGUGCAACCUUUACAGAAAGAACACCAGCAGUUCCAGUCAGCACACGCGUAGCAAACACCAGUCCUAUGCCUGCUCAUUCAUUAUCUAAUUUAUCUCAAAGCAUCUUUAGGUGUCCUCAAGACGUAGCUUUGUGGCCAGAGGCUAGGUCUUCGAUGUCUUCAAACGCAAUGGCAGAUAAGGGCGCGACACCAAUAACAGCAAGAGUAGCAACCAUUAAUGACAUGGAGGUUGUAUUUGAAGACAUAGACAAGUUAGACACCUAUAAUUUCGAGACGACUGAUUCGUAUACUUGCUUGGAUUUAGAUUUAGAGGAAGUUGCCUCUUGCUUUUAUCCGGAGAAAGCGUGCUAUGUCCAGACUGAUGGCUCAGUGCUAUAUCGGCCAAUCAACACUUUAAGCAUCCUUUCACUCGCCUCCGUAGAUGAUAUCUUAAAGCAGAUAGAAAGUGAGUUGGAGAAGAUGCAGGAGCCUGCAGUGUUCCUCGCAGAAAAGAAGCAGGAUAUUGAUGAGGCUUUAGAGGCUAAUGCAGCCUCUUCUCUCUAUGGUGCUUUACACGAUAUUAAGCAGGGAAUAAUCAGCUUUCAGGACCUGGCUACAGAUGCUCCCAGAAAUCGACUCCUUCAACUCGUGAGUGAUCUGGAUCAAGCGUACAGACACUCUUACGAGGCGUCUGUCAUGAAGACACUGAAUACAAUGGGACUAUUAGCCGAGGACGUAUCACUGGUGAGAUCCCAAGCAGAUAAAUAUCGCACAGAGAUAGAAGGCUUCCGUGACACUCUUGAUAAGCACUAUGUACCUAUCGAAGAGUGUCACACACUCUCCAGGCGGGUAGAAAGUUUAACACAGCAGCUAGCUUUAGAGACAGCGCGAGUAGAGAGCACAACGACUCUGCUGAAUCAGUGCCAAGCCACAAGCGAAGGCAUGGUUAUCCGUCUUGAAGAGCUAACAAAAGAGUUGGCUAGCGCUAAAAAGGAAAAGGAAGAGGCUAGUUCUAAAUUUAUGCGUCUGAAAACCAUCCUGAAUCAAGCUAAAGCAGGUAUUCUUGAAUUAAGAAAUGCCUAUAUAUCUCAAAAGACAGCAUUGGUCACUCUAAAGAAGGAACACGUGGCUUUAUUAGCCAAAAUGAGAAAGCUUCAGAAAUAUAAAGAAAUGGUUGUUCAACAGCAUCAAAUGAUGGAAGCGCUCAAAGCAAAUUCAGCAGCGACUGCGCAAAGUAAGAUUAAUGCAGGAAAGGCAGGGGUCAAGGGGCAGCUAACAGAUGCCGCAAGAGAGCUCAUAGCACCAUCCCAGAAGGACAUUGAUAACUUUGUUGACGGAAUUUUGCAGGGAGGAGAUACCGGCAGUGGUGUUGAAGGACCUCUAAAACCUGACUUCCACGAGGAAAAUCAACUACUGAGCGACCUGUUAGAUGAGUGCUCGUAG